CAAACGUACAGUAUAAUGCCGGAGGAGACAGACAGACAUACAUACAUUGAUUAUAUGUAAUACAGUCAUCUAUUUUCGCAUAGAAUGUAAAAUACAUGAGCAUUGCUGAAGUUAAACUUCUUCAGACAGGUAUAAUUUCUCAGGACAUCUAUUUCAGUAAACAUGUCAGUGUGUUAUUCUAAUCACUAAUCCUGUCAAAACAUGAAAAUAACCACAAAUCAUGUCAGCAAGGUUUAUAGACAACACACAUAAAAUGCAGUUUGACGGAUAGAAAACAAAACAAGGAUUUAAAAAUGAAUGUUCUACUGUAUUUAAGAGAAGAUCAAGAAGAACAGAGAAGAUCAUCUUAAAUAUUUUUCUUGGAGAUUAUAGCAACCUUUUAAAUUUUGCUUUGAAUAUUCCAACCAACUGAAGGUAAACGUGUUAGCCAAAAACACCACAGAAUUCUGUUUCACCAAUACUUCACACUUUAACCCGUCUCAUAUUCUUCAGUUUUUGUCGUUUUCCCAUGCGUUAUUGCCCCCGGGAACUAUUUCAGUCAGUGGUCAAUAUAGGGCCGAACAGUCGGCCGCCUGUCUAUUGCGCAACAGCCGCACGCAUCGCAUAAAGGCGCGCGGACAGCAGCAUCCGCUAAUUCUGUCCGGUGGGCAUCUUAAAAACAAAAUGAACAGUUGGGAGUGUUUUGAGAGUCGCAAAUAGCCCGGUUGCCUGUUUGCACGAGCGGGAGGCACAACAACUGGAAUGGAGUCACAAGACCCCGAUCUGCCAACUCCUAAAAGCAGACCAGCAACAAGACGGCUUCACCGCGGCGGGGCAGGAGAGGUUGACCAUUUAAAAUAGCCAUGUAAACACACUCGCUCAAUCCUUGUAAUAUUAACCUGGAAUGAAGGUGACGACAGUGUCCUGCAUGGAGACCACGAAUGCUGGAAUAAAUCUGACAUUAUGACACCAGGCAUGCGUGACGUCGCUGGGGUAAAUAGUUUAGCGUGUAUAAAGCCCCGGGGCUCCCGCAGGAUUGAAAGUUGUUUACCCUUAGGGCCGGACGGAGGAGAAUUAAAGAUCUAACGCUCGGGAUUUUACGUCACUCCAGGAGCUGUCGAGAGGGGUGGUACUGAAACAAGAAGCUCUGAUUUAAGUGACAAACCCGGGCUUGAGUAACACUUGUGUUCAGGACAGCUGGUUCAUCAGAAGGUUGUUAGAGGAAGCUACCGGAGGAAAUAACUCGUAACUGACGUGUUGGAGGACUUGCCACACGGUCACUCUUGUGACCUUUCACUUGGAACAGGAAGUAAAUAAGAAGAGCAGAAUGGCGGCACUGGAUCUGCACUGUGGGCUGAAGCCUGGAGGUCACGUGUGGGGUGGAGACCGAGUCGACCUGCUGGACAGUUUUGACUCCGAGAUGCAGGAAUGGGAGGAACAACUACAGGAAAUGCAGAAGAAGAUCGAAGAGUUGUUUAAUGAGGUCAAGGCACGAAGAGAAGCCAGCACCAACAACAUCACCAACAAUAAAAACUUGGACAUUACAUUGCUCCCUGUCAGCUCUGAGUACAGUCAGUGGGCUAAUGGUUAUCAUCACGGACCUUCAGCUCACCCCAACAACAUCCGCCCCGUUCAUCAAUGCAGCGAUACGGCGGUCGGGCCAAGCUUCGGGUUUCAACACCCUAAUGAUUAUCGCAACGGCUCCAAACUUAAUCAACUGAGCAACGGCGGUCAUUAUCCUGCCAGUUGUCAUGAUAUCGAAAGACAGGACGCAACCCUGGAUAUCCUGAAUGGAUACCUUCAACAGGGGCCAAAGUACGGAAAUAUCCAAAGGAACCUCGGGGUUUCAAAUGCAAACCCAAAGAUGCAUCCAGGUGUGCAUGGCGAUUUGGAGAAUAUUAAGACAAGCUCUGUGACCAACAGGACGUUUGAAGACCUUGAGAACAAGAAAAACAAGAAAGCAAACCUGGAGGAGUCCCAGGCCCAUCACGCUACUCCAAAAGACUCGAUUUCAGGAAGAAAUCUUCCACUUGAAAACUUUGCCAAUAAACAGAAAGACGCUCCACCCGUGCCGCCUCGCUCCGUUCACCACGAUUCACAGCGGCAACCAGACAGGAAGUGCCUCCUGGUAGACAGGAAGUCUGGCAGCCCGUCUGUAUUGCGUAAGUUUGGCGCUAUGCUGCAGGAGAACGAGGGGAAGACCCUGAUCGAGGACGGCAUCGUGACCACCAUCAUCCCCACCGAAUGCCUCGCCAGCACUCCCGUCUGCCAGCGCAAGUUGAGCGUCGACCGGGCAUCCCCACGCAUGCCCAUCCAGAGAUGCCUUACAGACUGUGACGCAGAACUGGAGCCCAGCCAGGAGCCUCGGGCAGCUGUUAUCUCCAGACACGUGCUCCUCAACGGUGCCUCGAACGCAAGCCCUUCACACAAGAAGGCUUCAGAGUCUAAAGCGCACAAAAUGGGCUCUGAGGAUCUGUUCUCUGACUACCGGAUGGUGGAGAGGAUUCUGGGAGCAGGGUCUCAACAAUAUGGCAAGGUGCAUGCGGGGAACGGAGCGGAUACGAGAUGGGGAAAUGACAAUCUGGAACAACUUCUGGACAUGAUGGAGAUGGAGAACAACAAAAGUCAGAGAGCCACAUUCACCCAGCAACUGGACAUCAAACAGGUCAGCCGUGAGUCAUCUCCUGCCCCCAGCACAACCAGUUUCUCCCGACCCGCACGACCAGCCAAUCAACGCCGUCCCACCAGAUGGGCGACGCCUACUCCUUCGCCCAAAUCCUGCCCACCGAGUCCAAAUCUGAAACGCAGACAGUUCCUGAAUUCCUAUUCGCUGCACACAGAAACAGUCAUCAUGUGACCGCGACACUGAAAAACAACUCUUAUGGACGCUUUCAUCAUAUUGCAAAGACAAACAUUUGACCUUCAACAAAACGCAAUUUGCUCUCUUUUUUGUACCUCCUUUAUUGGGGUAUUUAUUGGUAUUCUUAAAACGUCUCGUCGCUCAGUGUUCUGGAAAGUAACAACAGUGGACAUUCUGUGACCUGGUGAACUUUUGUGCCUAUGAACUCAUCAUUGCCUUUCUUUCUUUCUGUCAUUCUCAUCACUUUUGUAUUCUUUUCAUCCCUGUUCUUUUCUAUUCUCACCGAGUGCUUUGUAUACAGUGCUGUUUUUGCGUGCCACACGUGGCACCAUGCAAGCAUGAAUGCCACACGUGUAUGCCAUACAUGUAACAUGUAUUGAGCCUUAUGCAUUAUGAAUAACCCGUGUGCAGAUGUUUUGAUGUUAUGUCAAAUCAUUCAUUCAUUUCAGUACUGCAUAAAACUGACGUGUGGAGGUCAUAAUAUUUAUAAGCCAUCUGAUGGCGCCUGGGCUGUACCUCUUUGUAAAAAUCGUCAAAUGAAUGAAGCCGUUCCUUUAACAUCUGCGAAGAGUAAAUUUUAUCUUUAUUUUCUUCGUAAUAACGAAGAAACGCAUUUGGAAUGUUUGUUUAGCGUUGUGAUUUGAUCCUGACAAUAAUGUGAUGCUUUCUGUGUUCUCUUCUUUUUCUCUGGAUAAUAAACGUGUAAGUGCUUUGA